CGCCCCCCCCCCCCCCCCCCCCCCCUUCUCUCGCCCCGAUUCACAAGUUAACCCGAUUUCGGUUGCUUCCGGAUGCUCCCUUUCGAAUUUCACUUUCAAAAAACACAGCCGUGACCUAUCGGUCCUCCGUUGAGAUUUUUUGCUGUAAGAGUAGGAAUUUGAGAACAUGGAGGCGGAAAAUGGGUCAAAUUACUCAUACAUGGGGAGGGACUUCAGUGAUCUCAGUAUCAACGACGCCGACUUCAGUGAUCUCAGUAUCAACGACGCCUCCAUGGCUUUCAGCGAGUGUAAUAGCGACAGAUCCGGUGAGUUUUCGACGGCUCCUUCGGAGAGGCGGCAACUUCUCAUAGCCCGCGCCUCCGAGAACUCGGACGAGCUGAUCCGUCAACUAGUCUCUGGCCUAGAGUCCUGUUCGAUUGAGGAGCAAAAGCAAGCGGCCAUGGAAAUCAGACUCCUCGCCAAGAAUAAACCAGAAAACAGGCUCAGGAUCGCCAAAGCCGGUGCUGUGAAGCCGUUGAUUUCGUUAGUCUCUUCCGCUGAUCCUCAGCUUCAAGAAUACGGCGUCACGGCUAUUCUGAAUCUCUCGCUGUGCGACGAGAACAAGGGGUUCAUAGCUUUGUCCGGAGCGAUUAAGCCUCUAGUUCGAGCUCUGAGGACAGGCACUUCAACGACCAAAGAGAACGCAGCGUGUGCUCUCCUUCGGCUCUCGCAAGUUGACGAGAACAAGAUCCCAAUCGGCCGGUCGGGAGCGAUCCCCCUUCUGGUGAACCUUCUGGAGACCGGUGCUUCGCGUGGGAAAAAGGACGCGUCGACUACUCUAUACUCGCUGUGUUCGGCGAAGGAGAACAAGAUCAGGGCCGUCAAAGCGGGCAUCAUAAAGCCGCUGGUGGAGUUGAUGGCGGAUUUGGAGUCAAGCAUGGUGGAUAAGGCGGCGUACGUGCUGAGCCUGCUGGUACCGCUAACGGACGCGAAGGCGGCGUUGGUGGACGAAGGGGGUAUUCCGGUGCUGGUGGAGAUAAUCGAGGUCGGGUCUCAGAGGCAGAAAGAGAUCGCGGUGACCAUAUUGUUGCAGGUUUGUGAGGAUAACGUGGUGUACCGAACUAUGGUGGCCCGCGAAGGAGCGAUUCCUCCCUUGGUGGCCUUGUCUCAGUUCGGCACCAUUCGCGCCAAGAAAAAGGCGGAGACAUUGAUAGAGCUUCUACGGCAACCGAGAUCCGGCGACAUCGCUGCCAGAACGUCAGAGGUGUCAAUUUAAUAUACCCCACCCAUGCAUGCGCAUGUAACCAGCAAUCCAUCCUUCACAGUUCCCUACAGUGAAAGAGUAGAAAAGAAAGAAGGAGAGAGAUGAGUGGAAAAACAAAAAAAAAAACAAAAAAAAAAAGUUGUAAAUAUCUAUGUAUCGGAGGUUGUAAAAUUUGUGGAGAAGAGAGAGAGAGAGAGAGAAGGGGGGGUUGGGUGUGUGAUCAUGAGUGAUGUUUCUAUUUCGGAGCUCUCUUCGUUCUCUAUACAUGAAAGUCUUUACAUAUGUCGUACUGUUUGAUGUGAUAUAAUAUAGAAAAAAAAGGGUUUGAUCUGAGACGAAAAAUAAAUAAAAUUGUUAAUGACGUGUUCCAAA